CUGGUCCGCCGGCUGACAGUGGUGCAAUGUGGGAUAGGGCGCUGGUCCGCCGGCCGAGAGCAGGGAGUGCUGGACUAUGGAGUAGAUCUCUGUUGCGCUGGGUAAACACUGGAGGGCUGCACGGAGAACAUGUGGUGAUGGUUGAGAAUGGAUGAUGAUGACCCAACCAUCAAGCCUCGGCGAAUUGAGAAUCAGAACGUAGUUUUCCGUUUGGAGCGACGGAGGAUCCAUUUAGGCAGGCCAGGUGCUCACUGGUACAUGGUACGAUGCCUGCACCAGAACGUAUUUCCGAACUUCACUGUAGUCAAUGUGGAAAAGCCUCCGUGCUUCCUGCGCAAGUUUUCUCCCGAUGGCCGCUACUUCAUCGCAUUCUCGCUGGACCAGACCUCGCUGGAAAUCUACGAGUAUCAGGGCUGCCAGGCGGCCGAGGAUCUCCUGCAGGGGCAUGAUGGAGAGAUCAUGGUCAACGGCACGGGUGACCUGCAGUCGGCCAGCAUCCGCGGCAAGCUAUUCGAGCGCUUCUUCGUCCUGCUGCACGUUACGAGCGUGGCGUCGAAUGGCGAGCACCUGAAUCGUGAGUGCAGUUUGUUCACUGACGACUGCCGUUACGUCAUCGUUGGGUCUGCUGCUUACCUUCCGGAAGAACCCCACCCUCUGUUUUUCGAGGUUUAUCGGAACAACGAGUCAGUUACGCCGAACCCUCGCUCUCCGUUAGAAGAUUACUCUCUGCACAUCAUUGACCUGCACACGGGGAGUCUCUGUGAUACGAGGUCCUUCAAGUGCGACAAGAUCAUUCUGUCCCACAACCAAGGGCUCUACCUGUAUAAAAACAUCUUGGCCAUUCUCUCUGUGCAGCAUCAGACAAUCCAUGUGUUCCAGGUUACACCAGAAGGGACUUUCAUCGACGUCCGAACCAUUGGACGCUUCUGCUACGAAGAUGACCUGCUAACCAUCUCAGCUGUGUAUCCUGAGGUGCUGGGUGACGUACAGAACUCCACCUGCCGACCCUUUAAGGAGAAGACGCUGAACUCUCUGAAGCACCGGUUGCUGGUGUACUUGUGGCAAAGGGCAGAGCACGAUGGUAGUGCUGCAGCCAAGCGUAGGUUCUUCAAGUAUUUUGACCAGUUGCAGCAACUGCGCAUGUGGAAGAUGCAGCUUCUGGACGAGAACCAUCUCUUGAUAAAGUACACGAGCGAGGAUGUGGUGACACUUCGGGUCACUGACCCCUCCCAGCCGUCGUUCUUUGUCGUUUACAACAUGGUUACCACUCGGGUUCUGGCUGUGUUUGAGAACACUUGUGACGAACUUCUGCAGCUGUUCGAAAAUUUCUGUGACCUCUAUCGAAAUGCAACACUGCAUAGUGAAGCGGUCCAGUUUCCAUGCUCUGCAUCCAGUAGUAACUUUGCCAGACAAAUCCAGAGGAGGUUUAAAGACACAAUCGUGAACGCUAAAUAUGGGGGUCACACCGAAGCAGUGAGGCGACUUCUCGGGCAACUACCCAUCAGUGCACAAUCCUACAGCAGCAGUCCCUACCUUGAUCUCUCACUCUUUAGCUAUGAUGACAAGUGGGUCUCAGUCAUGGAGAGGCCUAAGACUUGUGGGGAUCACCCUAUCAGAUUUUAUGCUCGGGACUCGGGUCUACUUAAGUUUAAAAUCCAAGCAGGGCUGCUGGGACGGCCAAUCAAUCACACGGUACGACGCCUUGUAGCUUUCACCUUUCAUCCUUUCGAACCAUUUGCCAUAUCAGUGCAAAGGACCAAUGCAGAAUAUGUGGUUAGCUUCCACAUGCGCCACACGUGUGUGUAAAGACCAUGGAACACAAGAAACAUUGUACCUCUUAGUUGUGCUUGUACUUGUGGAGCCCCAUGAAGAGAUCCAAAUAAACCCCUGCAACAACCAAAGGCAGUGAGAUUUGAAGAAAUGCAAUCAAAGGCAACCACUUCUAGAUUCAGUAUUCCAGUUCAUCUUUGAACCCUAAUUCGUUGAAAGACCAGGAACUUCAAAUGGAUGGCCAACUCAGCUGAAAAUGAAUUUUGUGCAAACAUAAUUUGUUGGCAAUUUAUCGCUAAAACAAUGCGGACUCAAUCAUUAAAUAGUUGGCUGCCCAAUUCAAAAAUAUGGUAUAUGCUAUGAACUUGAUUCAUUGUUAUUUUGGAGAUAGUAAGUCCCAUUUAAGUCGAAAGGUAGGGAUAAAUGUGCCUCUUGAUCCAUGGCUCACAAGGGAGGGGAUGGUGCUGAGGAUCUGGAAUUGCUCAUGUUAUUAGUAAUAAAAGCAUAGAUUGCUGGAAGUAAAACCAGCAUUAAUGCUUGCAGAAAACAGAAAUAUUAUAUUUAAACACUUUUAUUGGAACCUUGGAGUCAUUAGGUGGAUUCUCUCCAAAAUGAUAACCUGCCUUUUUUUUUCAGUAGUUUUUUAGUUAUACUCCUGAACUGAUAUUUUUUAGAAUUGAAAUUAGAUAUAAAGUACUGCUGCCAAGAAAUGUAUCCCUGGUUGAGAUCGCUAAACUAGCUGUAUCUGAGUGUUGUACCCUGAUCCUAAACUUAUUCCAUUGAUUUUGUUAUGACUGGGGAUGAAUUUCUGGGUGUAUGUUUCCUUUAUAUUUCACCAGUGAUGUGGAAUUAUUAGACCAGAUAUAAUUUUGUAUGGAGAAUUUUCUUGGUACAAUGCAACUGCUUUCAUUUUGGUCUUGUAUACGACAAUUAAAGUAUUAUGAAUUUCAAAUUUUACAAAUGGAAUAUUACAUGGAAUUUGAAUUUUUUCUUCUGACUGCUAUAUUUUAUAAACACCUUUUUUACGUAUGGACAUAACAUCUACUUGAUCAAUAAAAUUUUU